GGGGCGGCCGUGGGCGGAGCCGCGACCUGAACGCCGCGAGACCUCACCAGGCGGAGGCGGUGUCUGCCUCGCGCUGUCCUCUGACCGCCAGGGGGAGCCCUGCCGCGCGCUGCGCUCCGGGCCGCGCCGCCACGCUCUCUCGACCCGCGCGCCCGCCGCGCACCACCCGUCGCCACGCCCGCCGCAGGCCGAGGGCCAGUCACUUGCGGGCCGGCGUCCCGCAGCCCAUUCGCGCCCCGCCCCUGCCCCGCCGCGGGAUGAGUAACGGUUACGAAGCACUUUCUCGGCUACGAUUUCUGCUUAGUCAUUGUCUUCCAGGAAACAGCUCCCUCAGUUUGGAAUCAGCUCUCCCGCUGCGGCCGCAGUAGCCGGAGCCGGAGCCGCAGCCACCGGUGCCUUCCUUUCCCGCCGCCGCCCAGCCGCCGUCCGGCCUCCCUCGGGCCCGAGCGCAGACCAGGCUCCAGCCGCGCGGCGCCGGCAGCCUCGCGCUCCCUCUCGGGUCUCUCUCGGGCCUCGGGCACCGCGUCCUGUGGGGCGGCCGCCUGCCUGCCCGCCCGCCCGCAGCCCCUUCGCUGCUCGGCCCCUGGGCGGCCGCUGCCAUGGGCACCGACAGCCGCGCGGCCAAGGCGCUCCUGGCGCGGGCCCGCACCCUGCACCUGCAGACGGGGAACCUGCUGAACUGGGGCCGCCUGCGGAAGAAGUGCCCGUCCACGCACAGCGAGGAGCUUCAUGAUUGUAUCCAAAAAACCUUGAAUGAAUGGAGUUCCCAAAUCAACCCAGAUUUGGUCAGGGAGUUUCCAGAUGUCUUGGAAUGCACUGUAUCUCAUGCAGUAGAAAAGAUAAAUCCUGAUGAAAGAGAAGAAAUGAAAGUUUCUGCAAAACUGUUCAUUGUAGAAUCAAACUCUUCAUCAUCAACUAGAAGUGCAGUUGACAUGGCCUGUUCAGUCCUUGGAGUUGCACAGCUGGAUUCUGUGAUCAUUGCUUCGCCUCCUAUUGAAGAUGGAGUUAAUCUUUCCUUGGAGCAUUUACAGCCUUACUGGGAGGAAUUAGAAAACUUAGUUCAGAGCAAAAAGAUUGUUGCCAUAGGUACCUCUGAUCUAGACAAAACACAGUUGGAACAGCUGUAUCAGUGGGCACAGGUAAAACCAAAUAGUAACCAAGUUAAUCUUGCCUCGUGCUGUGUGAUGCCACCAGAUUUGACUGCAUUUGCUAAACAAUUUGACAUACAGCUGUUGACUCACAAUGAUCCAAAAGAACUGCUUUCUGAAGCAAGUUUCCAAGAAGCUCUUCAGGAAAGCAUUCCUGACAUUCAAGCGCACGAGUGGGUGCCGCUGUGGCUACUGCGGUAUUCGGUCAUUGUGAAAAGUAGAGGAAUUAUCAAAUCAAAAGGCUACAUUUUACAAGCUAAAAGAAGGGGUUCUUAACUGACUUAGGAGCAUAACUUACCUGUAAUUUCCUUCAAUAUGAGAGAAAAUUGAGAUGUGUAAAAAUCUAGUUACUGCCUGUAAAUGGUGUCAUUGAGGCAGAUAUUCUUUCGUCAUAUUUGACAGUAUGUUGUCUGUCAAGUUUUAAAUACUUAUCUUGCCUCCAUAUCAAUCCAUUCUCAUGAACCUCUGUAUUGCUUUCCUUAAACUAUUGUUUUCUAAUUGAAAUUGUCUAUAAAGAAAAUACUUGCAAUAUAUUUUUCCUUUAUUUUUAUGACUAAUAUAAAUCAAGAAAAUUUGUUGUUAGAUAUAUUUUGGCCUAGGUAUGAGGGUAAUGUAUAUACAUAUUUUUUAUUUCCAAAAAAAUUCAUUAAUUGCUUCUUAACUCUUAUUAUAACCAAGCAAUUUAAUUACAAUUGUUAAAACUGAAAUACUGGAAGAAGAUAUUUUUCCUGUCAUUGAUGAGAUAUAUCAGAGUAACUGGAGUAGCUGGGAUUUACUAGUAGUGUAAAUAAAAUUCACUCUUCAAUACA